AACGGCAAACUAAUCUGAGAACAUUCUACAGCUUUUUCAUACACGCACACGUACGAACAAACAACACAGAAGCAUAUCGAUCAAAUUUUUACACUCAAAUCAAUCGCCAUUGAUCCUACACACAAUCCUCAUAGCUUCGUAACAAAAUACAAUCAGACAGAGAAUCAUAUUCGUGUAUAUAUUCACCUACAUCGAUGAUUUGGUUGAUUCUGACGCUACAUUGCAGUUUCUAGGGUUUCAUUCGCGAUUUUUGAAACAGAGACGUCAUCGAUUGAUACAAAUGACGUUGUUAAAGAAAUUGUGCUACAAGAAGCCGCCUGAUGGACUUCUCGAGAUUUCUGAACGAGUUUACGUCUUUGACUGUUGUUUCACUACUGAUGCAUGGGAUGAAGAAAAUUACAAAUGUUAUGUAGGAGACAUAGUAAAUAACCUUAAGGAUCAUUAUCCACACGCUUCAAUUCUCGUUUUCAAUUUUCGCGAAGGAGAUACAAAAAGCCAGCUAGCCUCCGCUUUAUCAAGUCACGAUAUGACCAUAGUGGAAUAUCCUCGUCACUACGAAGGUUGCCCAUUGCUCACUAUGGAAGCUAUCCACCAUUAUCUAAGAUCAUGUGAAAGCUGGCUUUCAUUCGGGGCACAAAACGUUCUUUUAAUGCAUUGUGAGCGUGGUGGUUGGCCCGUUCUGGCAUUCAUGUUGGCUGCACUAUUGAUUUACGGUAAAAUUUACUCCGAUGAAGCCAAGACAUUGGACAUGGUUUAUAAGCAAUCCUCUAGUGAGCUAUUACAUUGGUUUUCAGCGUUGAAUCCUAGACCCUCUCAAGUGAGGUAUUUGCAAUAUGUAUCGAGGAGAAAUGUGGCUACGGAAUGGCCACCGUUGGAUCGAGCACUCAGUUUGGAUUGUGUGAUGAUGACAUUGAUUCCCGAUGUUGAUGGAAACGGUGGUUGUUGUCCUGUAUUCAGUAUUUAUGGACAAGAUCCUUAUAUGCCUGGUGAUAAAACUACCAAACUUUUGUACACGACCCCGAAGAGGAGUAAGAAUGUUCGAUAUUACAAACAGGCAGACUGUGAAAUUGUUAUAAUAGACAUUGCUUGCCAUAUUCAAGGUGACAUUGUGCUGGAGUGUAUUAACUUGCAUGAUGAUUGGGAGCAUGAAAAUCUAAUAUAUCGUGCGAUGUUUAAUACAUCAUUUAUCAGAUCAAAUAUUUUGAUUCUUAAUCGUUAUGAAAUUGACGUACUGUGGGAUGCUAAGUAUCAGUUCCCUGAUGACUUCAAGGCUGAGUUUCUUUUCUCGGAAAUGGAUUCUGCAGCUUCUAUAGUACCUGUGGAUUCAUACUUUUUUCAGAAAUCAGAGGGUCUCCCUAUUGAAGCAUUUGAUACAGUCCAAGAAAUGUUUAAUAGUGUGGAUUGGCUAGACCCUAAAAGUGAUGCUGCAUUUGAUAAAGAUCGUAUUGGACCAUUAAAACAUGAUCCAGCGAGCCCUAAAGAGAAGCCCGUUAAUUCACAAACAUCAUUAGAUAGUUCAACAAGUUCUAUCUCUUCUUCUACCCCUGAACCUGUGCAUCCAUACCUUCUUGGAAAGCAAGUUACUGGUGAUAAAGAAUCUCUGUUGACCAAGUCUGACCAGUCUUUACAUAAACCGUUAGAUAUUGAGGUUAGAAUGCGUCCUGCUGAAUCAACUUCUCAAAUGGGUUCUCCAACUCGGUCUAUAUUCGUUCAGCCUAGUCCGCGGUUAAAGAACGUUGAUACUAAGGUGGGACCUUCUACAUCAUCUAGAGAGGAGCAAUCUCCUGCACCACAAACAGCACGCACACCACGCACACCAGGCGGUUCACUAGUGUCUCCACCACCGUCUCCUCCAACUCCACCAGGAAGAGAGAAGUUAGCAAUGGGCGAUGGGCCCACUCCACCAUGGUCGCCUACAAAAGAGACAACUAAUCGACCACCAUCACAACCGCUAUCACCACCUCCUAUAACCGCACCUACGAAAGAGAAGACUGCUCCACCGUCACAACCAGUAUUACCACCUUCUACAACUGCACCCACGAAAGAGAAGAACGCUCCACCGUCACAACCAAUAUCACCACCCCCUACAACUGCAUCUACAAAAGAGAAGACAACUCCACCACCAUCACAACCGGUAGCACCACCUCCUACAACAGCACCUACAAAAGAGAAGAGCGCUCCGCCACCAUUGCAACCGCUAUCACCACCUCCUGUAACUGCACCUACGAAAGAGAAGACCGCUCCACCACCAUCACAACCAGUAUCACCACCGCCUACAACUGCACCUACGAAAGAGAAGAACGCUCCACCACCGUCACAACCGGUAUCACCAACUCCUACAACUGUACCUACGAAAGAGAAGACGACUCCAGCAGCAGCACAACCACUGCCAGCGGUACCGCCAUCACAACCAGUAUCACCACCUCCUACAACUGCACCUACAAAAGAGAAGCCAGAAACCAAAGCUGGAUCCUAUACACCAACACCACCACCACCAGCGCUACCGCCACCUCCUCCAACAAUAUCUCUAAAAGAGAUACCAACAAAGAUAGGUGGUCCCACUCCACCACCACCACCGCCGCCGCCAUUUGGUUCACCAUCACCAGCGCCACCACCACCUCCCCCUGCUCCCAGCUCCGCAUCUCCACACCCCCCACCACCCCCUCCUCCUGGGGGCGGUGUUCCACCACCACCUCCUCCUGGGGGCGGUGUUCCACCACCACCACCACCAUCAAGAGGAGGGUUGCCCGGAGCUCCAGCUCCACCACCACCAUUAGGAAGGGGGCGCGGUCUAUCACCGGCAAUGUCAAGAAACCAAAAUGCAAAGAAACUUAAGCCUUUACAUUGGUUAAAGUUAACAAGGGCAGUACAAGGAAGCUUGUGGGCUGAAACAUCAAAAUCUGGUGAAGCUGUGAAGACACCAGAGAUUGAUAUAUCAGAACUUGAGAAUCUAUUCUCAGCUGCAAAUCCCAAUGCAGAUAAGGGGGCUGCAAAAUCAAAAUCUGCAGCAAAAGCUAAUAAGCCUGAAAAAGUGCAACUGAUUGAUCAUCGGCGCGCAUACAACUGUGAAAUCAUGCUCUCAAAGGUGAAGAUACCAUUGCAUGAACUUAUGGAUUAUGUCCUUGCUUUAGAUGAAUCAGCACUGGAUGCUGAUCAGGUGGAAAACCUUAUAAAGUUUUGUCCUACAAAAGAAGAGAUGGAAACGCUAAAGGGCUACAAAGGAGAGAAGGAUAAAUUGGGAAAAUGUGAACAGUUCUUCAUGGAGCUAAUGAAAGUUCCACGUACAGAAGCUAAGCUCAGAGUUUUCUCUUUCAAGUUACAGUUUGGAUCACAGGUUUCUGAUCUUAGGAAGAGCUUAAACGCAGUAAAUUCAGCAGUGGAUCAGGUCAGGAAUUCCUGUAAAUUCAAGAGAGUCAUGCAAACAAUUCUCACUCUUGGAAAUGCUUUAAACCAGGGAACCGCAAGAGGGUCUGCUGUUGGGUUCAGAUUGGAUAGUCUCCUCAAACUUACAGAUACCCGUGCAAGGAACACCCGAAUGACUCUCAUGCAUUAUCUUUGUAAGGUGCUUGCUGACAAACUACCAGAACUUCUAGAUUUUUCCAAGGAUCUUAACAGUUUGGAACCUGCAUCAAAGGUACAACUGAAAUAUUUGGCUGAGGAAAUGCAAACUAUUAGCAAAGGACUUGAGAAAGUUGUCCAGGAAUUGUCCACAGCUGAAAACGAUGGACCCGUCUCUGAAAAAUUUCGAAUAGCAUUGAAGGAAUUCCUUUGUUCAGCAGAAAGUGAAGCAAGGGCCUUGGCCUCACUCUACUCAUUGGUGGGUAAAAAUGUCGAUGCUCUAAUUCUUUACUUCGGGGAGGAUCCAGCCCGUUGCCCAUACGAGCAUGUUGUUUCAACUUUGAGGAACUUUGUGAGAUUGUUCAAUCAAGCACAUGAAGAAAAUCUCAAGAAGAUAGAGGCCGAUAAGAAGAAGGCAGAGAAAGAGAAGGAAUCCUCAAAUGAAAUGUCGAAAAAUGAUUCCAAAACCGAGUUAGAAAAUACGAAAAAAUCUUUUGUCAAAACUGUAGAAUAAUAAACUCUCUUUUCUUUUUAUUUUUCCCACUUUAUUCAUUCUUUUUUAGUGGGAAUAAAAAAGGCUCUGUCGCCUAUACGUAUAUCAACCGUGUAAAGUUGUAUACUAUCACUGUUUCUGCUUCAACAUUUUUGAUCA